AUGGAUACAGCUGCCAGCCUCAUCGCGAUUGCGACACUCUGCGAGAAACUCAUCAAGUACAUUAACGCCACCCGUGCGGCCAAGGAUGACAGGCAACGCCUUCGCUCGCAGAUACGGGCGUGCAGCCACAUCAUCCUCCAACUCAAAGAUGAAGCUGAGGACUCCGAGAAUCUCGAGGAAAGCGAAGAAUGGGCCAAGUCAAUACAGUUGCUGUCCAGUCCACUCUGUCGCCUCCAUGAGGCUCUAAGCGUAGCAGCUCAGGCUCUUUCCCCUCGGGACAGCACCAUAGAGAAACUGAAAUGGCCUCUCAAGGAACAGGAUGUACGGAAACUUAUUGACGCUAUAAGAUAUGAGAUGGACUUGUUGUCCUUGGCUCUGGACAGAAAUUCAACACGUCUACUGCAAAAGAUCAGUCUUCACUCCCAACACAACGAGCAGCUACUUAUAGAGUUGAAAUCCACGCUGGGAACUCGAGAUGUUGAUCAUCAGUUUGCCCUUGAAAAGGUCGCAGAAAAGCUCGGGGGACUUGAGAUGGGCCAGAAUGGUGUCCAAAAACAAGUUCAGCAGCUCCACGAGCGCCACGACUUGCAGGAAGCCAUACAGAAGCGACAGUGCAUCCUUGAGGAGCUAAACUCUAUUGAUUAUGAAUCUCAACAACGCAACGCCAUUCGUUCACGACAAGCUGGAACCGGCCAGUGGCUGCUAAAUUCACAACAGUAUCAAGACUGGCUCACUGGAAAGCAUCGUACGCUGUUCUGCCCAGGAAUACCAGGUGCAGGAAAGACGGUUCUGGCUUCCAUAAUCAACGAGGAUCUGAGGCACCGAUUCCACGCCGACCCCCAAAUCGGCCUUGCCCAUCUAUUCUUUGAUUACCGUCGCCAAGAUCAGCAAUCAAACGAGACCCUUCUUUCUGGUCUGCUGAAGCAGCUUGUUGCACAACAGUUACAGUUACCGUUACCUAAACAAGUAGACGAUUUCUAUAAAACUCAUCGACAGGAAUACUCAGGUCAAGCCCGGACAGUUAUGCCGACUCUGGAAGCAGUGAUAGCGAGCUUUUCAAGGGUUUUCAUUGUACUAGACGCCCUCGACGAAUGUCUGGCCCCCGAACAGAAUUGUACAGAUUUGAUAUGUGCGAUCCAAGAGUUGCAGAAAAGGCAUAAGCUCCAACUCCUUGCUACAUCGCGCCCCGUUCCGGAGGUCACUGGCCGGUUCACGGCGGCUUCAGUUUUACAGAUCCAAGCAGAUGCCCAUGAUGUCCAAAAGUACCUCGCUCAACAAAUACAUCGUCUUCCAGGUUUCGUACGAAAAGAUGUGAGACUGCAAGAUGAAGUGAUCUCCAGUAUCGUUGCAGCGGUUCAAGGGAUGUAG